UUAUUUUUAGAUACAUUUUUCAGUGCUGCUGCAUACAUGCCUUAGUUUCUGAUCAGCUGUUUUUGCAUUGUCAUCGACAUAUCGAAAACAAUAAGCGUAUGAAAACGACUUGCUUGUGCCUAUUCCGAUUCGCACAUUUAAAUAUCUGUGCUACUGCCAUGUCGGAGUUUAAUAGCAUAUUUAAGGAGCUAAAGACACACUUUGCGCCAUCUAUUGAAUGGACUGAUAUAGAGGACUGGCUCUGCGAGGCAGACAAUGGAGAAACAAAGGAUCAACAUUCUGUCAUGUUUUGGUCUCUGCCCAUGUGCAGGCAAAUCAUACACAUACAGGAUCAGCAGCUUCAAACACUACGCGAUUUGUGCAACUGCAUACGUGCAAUGCGCAGCUCAGAUCCCAACAGUUUCGAUAUUGAGCAUGACAAUUGGGAAAACAUUGAGGACAUCUCGCCUAAGCAGUAUUUGGCAUUUAUUUAUGCACUCAGCAGCCUGGCCAAAAUACCCCAGCAGCUAAUGAAGGUAGCGCCACAGCAGUUGAACGAGCAUCGAAACAUUCAAUUAGCACUAAGUGCAGUUAGCGCGUAUUUUCUCACAAUUACCAUACCGGGAGCCAAGAGCUAUGGCAUUUUUGACGAAGAUAUUAUUGAACAUUGUCUCAAAGUGUUCAAGCUGCUAGAAACCAACGGCCAAAGCGGAGUGCGCGCAGAUAAUCUGUGGAUACAGUUUUCAACAAUCUGUGAUGAUAUAGUACUCGUCUUUCGCUAUGUCCAAUUCAAAGAUCAUAUAAAGCCACGUGACAACAUACUACGAUGUCUGCUCGAAGUUAUCUAUCUCAACUGUAAAACGGGGAACAAUAAUUCAUGUGCGCGCCAAGUGCAAGCCAAAUGCUUCGAACUUCUUACGGAGAUUGCGAAUGAGCAUAAUGGCAAAGUGUAUGAUACACUGAUGUUAAUUAUGAAAUUAACCUUUUCUAUGCACAUUUAUCCGCAAGGCGGCGAACAGAUAUCAGAUUGGUUUAUCAAUCAGAUAGAAGUGCAACCAGAAACUAUAGCAAAAGUAUUGCAAUUCUACAUAGAAUGCGUUAUAACCAAUCCUAUCAGGGAGUGGAAGCCGUGUGAUGAAAAAGUUGCCAUUGGAUAUGCAGCUAAAUAUGAUGCGGCGCUGUACGCCAAGUGCAACAAAUGCUGCGCAAAGUUCUUGUUGGAUGCCGUACGAGCCGACGAUGCAGUGGGCAUACAAGUGCGCAGCUUGGACCUAAUCGAGCGUAUGCUGCAGCAACAAGUCCAAGUGGAAUGGAGUCUCUUUCGUCAUGAUGUGUCUACCAUGCCACGUGAAGUGGCACUGCUAAGAGAAACCAUACGCUCCAUUAAUGACAAAACCAUUACUGUGCGUCGUAAGGCUUGCCAGGUACUAAAUGUAAUACUCAGGCAAUCCUGCCCCAUUACCACUCGCAUACUCAACGAAUGCAUAAGCUUUGUGCAGUUUAGCGAUGACCAUUCGACAGCGGGUCACUUAAGACCUCAGCCUGUGCAAUAUGCUUACAGCUUUGAAGGUGCGGAGCUGCUGGAGCCAGAAGUCAUAAAGUUACCCGAAGUCCUUUACCAACGUUAUUUAAGUGCUGAGAAUGGCCUAGCACGCUGCGCCGGUAUCUCGCUGCUAGAGCGCCUGGUACUCAUAAAUCCACGCAUUAUGUACGAUACAGACUUUGAGCAGGAGAUGUCACGGCUGGCGGUGGACAUGCUGAGCUCAGUGCGUAGAGCAGCGCUGGACAUGGUAGAUAACUUGCUGGAGGCUUACUGUGAUUGCUCCAUACUUGUUCGGAUCUAUUGUAGAAUUUGGCCUUGUCUGCUCAACGAUGAAGAUAUAGCACUGCAGAAAUUGGCUAUUCAGAGCUUCAAUCGCAAAGUCCUGCGGAACAUAGUGGCGCUGGAGUAUACCAACGGACCAAAGCAGCUCUUACCGUGGUGCAUACUCACUACUUUGCUGCGACUUCAGCCACGUGACUAUCUAAAGCAAAGACUAACAAUACUUCUGCAACAAGAACCUGGAUUUGUCACUUUGGAACUGGUAAAUACAAUCAUCUCGCACUUGUCGACUUCUAUGGCUACGGAGGCGUGGUCGUUAUUGCUGCUGCUAUCGAGUCGCAUUCAAAAUAAUCUGGAUGUGCUGAUCAAUACGCUCAAUCGCUUGUCGUCCUGCAACAAUGUGUUUAAUCAGAUUUUGGCGUUUCAGUUGAUAAGCUAUUGUAUGCCUCGUUUUUCCAAGUCUGCGUUGAAUCAACUUUUCAAUCGUUUGUGCGAUGCUUUGAGCACAGGCAGCUUGUGUCUGCCACUGGUUUCUCCAGCAAUAUUGCUAUUGGGACACAUUGAUGGCUUUGCGCAUAGUCAGGCACCGGAGGACAGUACUAACCCAGAUGACUGGAAGUUGAACUUACUGCGUAGAGUAACAAUAGGCAUAAGCGAGUGCACGCAUAGUUUAAACGAUGUCGUACGCCUGGAAUGUCUGCUGGGCUGCUACUCGGAUCUAAUAGUCAUGACAUCAGAGGAGACGGAUAUGAUGGUCUUUGAUUUGGCGCUGUCUUAUCUAAAAAUGUAUGUGCAACUGGAUGAAGCCAACUUUGAUACACGCAACGAGCGUUUUAUGAAUUGGAUGGUGGUGGUGGCUGGACGUCUCAGUCUGCGUGAUAAUAAUCUGGCACACAGGCUGGCCAAUUUAUAUGGCUUAAUUUUAACUAAAAACGAUCGUCCCCAGCUAGUGAAUAGCACGCUCAUAGCCUUAAAUGAUCUGGGCAAGAAAUAUCCAUCAAUUUUGGAGAAUAAUAUGCAGUGCAUACUCAUCAAACUAAACUCAAAAUAUUCAAUGACCAGAGUGCGCACCUACCGAUGUGUCAAGGAUGUCAUCUUGGCUGGCAACAUAAAGCUCAAAGGUGCCAUACUCAUAGCCUUACUGUCAGGUCUGGUGGAUGAAAGCGUUGAGGUGGUACGCGAGGCCGAUGCUUUCUUUAUACGCUAUCAAAAGCUUUACGACAAGCUGCUGUUCCAGCAUUGCCUUAAAGAGGUUCCCUUUGACUUCAAUGACCAGACUUUUCUAAACGGUUCGCAGCGUGUAGAUCCAAACUAUAGCUCGCCCCUAAAAGGCCGUGCAAUGUGCAAGAAACGAAGACUGAUUUACAAUCACAUUAUAGCGAGUCUGGAUCACAACACGUUACUCAUGUACUUUGGUCAACUCAAGCUGCUGGCGGAAAAAACCAAAGACAAGACUUUUAUUAAAUCAACCGGCGCCAUAGAUGUGGUAUUGGAUAUUCUUUUUAUAAUGCGUCGAAUCUGUCUGAGCACCAAAACCAAGCGUCAAGGCGGUGCGCCGGCGGAAGGUGAACAGGAAGCAGAAGUCCAGGAGGAAGCAGCAGUGCCAGUCGAACUGCAUGCCACUGCUACUGACAAGAGUACAGCUAAGUCACGUGGACGUGGAGGCGCACGGAAACGCGAUCUGGGUGAAGAGGCGCUCAAGCAACUGGAGCGUAGUCUGCGCUAUGUGGAGGAAACGCAACGAAAUCUCAGCAGCGUUAUGAAUGCCGAGCUGCAGCAUGAAAUUGAUUUAAUGUGCAAGGCCAUGUCCAUGCGUUUUCCCAGUUACACGGACUUUGCGCAGCCGGCACAGUUUUGGAAAAAAUAUAAACACACUAAGUCGACACGAGGUAAGCCAAAACGUCGCAACAAUGACGAGCCUGUCGAUGAUCAAUCCACGGAGAGUAAUAGCGAAAGCGAUAGUGAGCUGCCAUUGGAUCGUCACAAGCACUCAGUAGUCUUGCCAGAGAAACUAGCAGAACGGAGUAAUACGAUGGAUUACUUGGCCACCGAACUGCUUUUUCAACCGCAUUAGCCUUAAAAGUAAUAAACAUACAAACCUUUGUACAA